AUGGCCGAUCUUCCCAAGACCAUGAAGGCAUUGCAGUAUGCCAAAGCAGAGGACUUCUCCGUAGUUGAGGUUCCCCUGCCAGAAAUUCGAGAUGACGAUGUCCUCGUCAAAGUCAAAGCAUGCGGUGUGUGCGGAACAGAUCUGCACAUCCACGAGGGAGAAUUCAUUGCAAAAUUCCCUCUGAUCCCCGGUCACGAGACUGUGGGCGUUGUUGCUGCCGUUGGCAAGGAUGUCAAGUCGUUCAAGGUUGGCGACCGGGUUGCAGCCGACAACUCAGAACUGUGUGGUCACUGCUUCUACUGUCGCCGUGGCGAGCCUUUGCUCUGCGAGAAUUGGUCCGGCCACGGUACAACCCUUCCAGGUGGUUUCGCCGAAUACUGCGCCUACCCUCAGAAGCAGAUCUUUCCAAUCAAGAACCUUAGUGAUGUUGAGGCUACUCUAAUUGAGCCUGCGUCUUGCGCUUGCCAUGGUCUUGAUAAGAUUCGCCCUCGCCUAGGAUCGAGCGUUCUGAUGUUUGGUGCUGGUCCCACCGGUCUUAUGCUGGCCCAGCUACUGCGGCAGAACGGAGGUUGCUCUGUGACCAUCGCUGCACCUGGAGGUCUCAAGAUGGAUCUGGCGAAGAGCUUGGAUGCUGCGGAUCACUAUGUCGAGCUGUCUCGAACCGACCCUAGCGCACAGUUCGAUCAGAUCAAGAAGGACAAUCCUUAUGGCUUUGAUGUUGUUGUCGAGGCCACCGGCUCGGUCAAGCUUCUUGAGGAUGCUAUCAACUACUGCCGACGUGGAGGCACGCUUGUAGUCUACGGAGUUUACGCCCACUCUGCUCGUGUCUCUUGGCCACCCGCCAAGAUCUUUGGAGAUGAAAUCCGAAUUAUUGGAUCUUUCUCCGAGACUUUCAUGUUCCCGGCAACUAUCGAAUAUCUCGACUCGGGGAAGAUCAAGACCAAGGGCAUUGUCAACAAAACCUUCAAGUUGGAGCAGUUUGGCGAAGCCCUGCAGUCUAUCAAGGACAAGAGCGCCAUCAAGGCAGCCAUUGUCUUUGACUAA